AUGGACGAAGUGAUAAUCAGCCCAGUCGUUGCGAUUUCUAUGGACGAAACCUCCGACAUUAAAACUUUGUCUCAGUUAACCACUAUUAUUCGCUAUGUCGACGCUGAUGGCAAGCCUGUGGAGCGUUUUCUCGGAUUCUCCGAUGUUAGCGAAGACAGAACAGCAGCGAGGUUGAAACAAGAGAUUGACAGUAUUUUAGAGGAGUACGGAUGUAGUGAGAAAUUAAUUGCGCAAACGUAUGAUGGAGCGAGCGUUAUGUCGGGGCAACUGACCGGUUUGCAAGCUCGUGUUAGAGGGGACUAUUCACCUGCCUUGUUUAUCCACUGUUGUGGACAUGCUUUGAAUUUAGUGUUGGUCCAAGCUGUGUCCUCAACCAAAGAGUAUUUUUCAAAACUAUCAGUAGCCUUUCAUCCUUUUUCCACGCCUCAUCCAGGAGAACGCAUCUGUUAGACACGAUUGUUGGUAGACGUAUUCCCACUGGUACCGCUGUCCGAUGGCAUUAUCACGCCAGACUAAUGCAUGCGAUAUUGGAGACGCGGGAGAAGCUAGUGGAAGUUUUCGAAUACAUCCUGGAACACGAUGAGGAAUUCGAAGGCUCAGUACUUAACGAUACUCGUGGCUACCGAAAUAUUCUUACAGAUUUCCAAUUUGUGUUCUGCCUAAACAUAUUUUCAGCUGUGUUUGGGCUCACAACUGUUCUCUACGACAUUGUCCAGAGCAAGCAGUUUGAUAUCGCCUAUUGUGUUACGUAAGUUCAGGAAACGAAAGCCGGAAUUCAAGAAUUACGGAAUAACUUUGAAUCGUCCUGGAAUUCUACAUUGGAGGUUGCUGAUGUACUGAUGAGACGAAGGAAACUGAACAGGAAGUUAAAGCGUCAUUCCGUCAAAUAUUUUUCUCUGUUGUUGAUACUAUGGUCGUGCAGAUUGAUAUUAGGUUCGAAAGUCUAAACAGCAGGAAAUUUGUUCCUUGUUAGAUCAUUCUAAACACGGGUUAUACAGCAGAAAUUCCCUGAAGAAGAAUUAAACUCAUUGCAAGCUACCUAUGGUUCAUUUUUCAAUAUCCGCGCCUUAAAAAGCGAACUAACCGUUGUUUAUUUUUAACAUGAGAAAGAAAAUAAUCGAAUUUGACUUACAAAAUUGCUUUCCUGAAGUUUAUCGAUUAUGUCAACUCAUCCUUACAAUGCCAAGUCCCUCAGCCUCGGCUGAGAUAUCAUUUUCAGCGCUCAAGACAGGGCCUUUUUUAACAUACAAGCUGGGGGGGGGGCAUCCCCCCCAGUCCCCCCUUGUGCCCCGCCCCCCACGCAAUCACAUUUUGCCGAACCCCCCAGGAAAAGUCCCUUUUUCCUAAAUAUAUACCAACAAAACAGCGAAGACUAACAAAUAAAUAAACGGAAAGUAAGUUUUAGGCUUUAUCCUUUGUCCUUGUUUAACAAAAUCGAUCUAAAUUGUUACGUUUUUCUACCACUAAGUGAUGAUAAAUUAUUGUUAAUAAUUUUUUAUUUUUGGUUGCUCAGAAUGCAGGAAAGAGCAUUUCCAGGUUUCAAAUUUGAAAAAUUUUCUGGAGAUUAUGCCCCCACACACGUGGCCUUCGGCCAUUGGUAUCCCCCUCUAAUAAGUAUAAUGAUAAAUUACGGUUAAUAUUCUUUUUUACUUUUUGUGCAUUUUUACCUUGUUUUAUUUCAAAUACAAGUAUAGUUAGCAUAAAUUUUAGAGCAAAUUUGGAUGCUCAGAAUGCAGGAAAUGGCAUUUCCGUGUUUCAAAUUUCAAAAAUUUUCUGGGGGAGUACACCCCCACACACGUGACCAUUGGUAUCCUCCUCUAAUAAGUAAUGAUAAAUUAUGGUUAAUAUUUUUUAUUUACUUUUUGUGGGUUUUUUCCUUCUUUUAUUUCAAAUACAAGUAUAGUUAGUAUACAUUUUGGAGCGCAUUUGGAUGCUCAGAAUGCAGGAAAUGGCAUUUCUGUGCAUCAAAUUUCAAAAAUUUUCUGGGGGAGUACACCCCCCCCCCCCCAUUCAUGCGUGAUGUUCGGCGCACACGUGGCCUUCAGCCAUUGCUAUCUCCCUGUAAUAUAUUAUCUCACAGAAAGGUCCCUUUUCAAAAAAUGCCCCCCCCCCGGGAAAAUCCUUAAAAAAGGCCCUGACUCAAGCGCAUUAAGACGUAUCUUCGCAGCACGCAAGGACAAGAUCGGCUUUCAGCAUUGGCUACCAUCUCGAUCGAGAAAGAACUUUUGACUUGUUUGCAAGGGAAACCAGAGUUUUAUGACAAAGUUAUAAAGGAGUUUAGCGCGAAGGAAAGACGAAUGGAAUUUACAUUUAAACAGUUUUACUAACUUUUUUAUAUACAUUUUUCUAUAAUGCUUAUGAUGUAGCCAUAUACCUGAGUAAAUAUAUGAAAUAUAUAUAAUAUAUUUAUACCCCUAAUUAACAGACAAUUCAUGAUUCAUAAUUUUUAAAGAGAUUUUUUGCCUCGUGUAUUUACUAUAUUUUAGUAGUGAUUGUGUUCAUUUUACCACAAGUGAAACACACACCAAUUCUUUGUCAUUUCUUCCCGAAAUCGCCGUAAAUGCCAUCGCAGGGCUUUACAAUUUCAAAAAUGUUCUGCGGGGCAUGCACCAAGACCCCCUAGAAGGGACCCGAUCUGUUCACCGCACGCCACUGUAUCAUGUUCAACACUCGAAAUAAAUCUCGGGUAUUUCCGCGCACCCAUUUAUUAUUCUCUAUAUAUGCAAAAUGGACUUCGAGAGAUUUAUUAUUAUAACAAUCAAAAAAAAAUUAUUUAAUUACAAUUAUUCUUAAAGUAAAUUCUAAGCCAUUCUUUGCUUGUUUUAGUCAACGAACGCAAAUGAGGCCCAAGUAUGUUGUGUUGAAAAUCCUUGCAAAAAUCAAGCACUUUGCGUGCCCGAGGUGCGAUCUGGAAAGCGGAGUUUUUCUUGUAAGUGUCCGCCAGGAUUCACUGGAAAGUUAUGUGACGUACCAGUCAAAGGUUGUCAAGACUACCUCCGAGCAAACGAGUCAGCGACAUCUGGAGUCUAUGAAAUUUGGCUGGACGAACCAACAAUAACAUUUCUGCUGUUAUUUUGAUCACGUGAAUGUGGAAGCAUGGACUCUUGCAUGUCCUACUCAUAUUCCUAUCAGAAUAGCAUGAAAGUUUCCGUUUCAGAAGAAUAACCCAAUCAAUGAAGAAAAUCCAGCGUUUGACCAUUACCGUGCAUCUCUAGCUUUGAUGCCGCCGUUGUUGCCCUCGGCUUCGCCUCGGGCGAAAAACACACUGUUUCCACACGGUCUCGGGUCCAAAAAACACACUGUUUCCCUCGGUCUCAGUAAAUAAGUGAUAAAUAUUAAACAACUUUGAACUUCCACGCAACAUGUAACAAGUCAUUUUCAUAAUAAUUGACUAAAUUUGAAAAAAGUGUCUGCCAACAAUUAAUAAAGAUGCCAUUUACAAUCCAUCUUAAUCCUGGCGUAAUAUUGCCCAUCCAGACUUCUGUAUAUGUUUUUUGUGUCUGUUAUUGCUUUAUUUUGUGCUUACACUAAUUCUUUUUCAGUUUUGGGCAAAAUAUGAGAGGGUUAGAAUUGCUCAAAAAUCGGUGAGAUUGUCCCUUUAAUAGGAUUGCUUUUACCCUUUGUAAUAAAGAGCGAAUUCAACUCUUUGAAGAUUUAAAACCAAACGUUGGAAGAAUCAUUUCGACUAUUUGACACGCAGUGCAUGUACAAGUAUUUUCCAAAUUUAAAAAGAAUAGCAUCCACAAUGGUAAUUCCUUCUCCUUUUUUCAUGAUUUAUGUUACUGAACUAAAACAGCAUCAAUACGGAAAAGUUUGUAAAAUGUAUUUAGAAAUUAAUGACAAUAAAAUAUCAUAAAUACAUAGUUACAAAUAUUUUAAAUUCAUUAAUUAUAUAAUUGUGGAACUACUGAUCAGGGUCCGGUUGUAUAAAAAAGUGAUUAAAGUUAACUAUAGUUAAGUAGAAACGUCAUGCAAUAAGAAGCGCCUAUUAGAGAGUUAAUCACUAUUUAAACUACAAAAUAGUUAUUAAAAAAGUGAUUAAGAGUUUUAUACAACCGGCCCCAGGAUUACUUAUAUAAUCAGAAUAUGUAAAUAUACAUUAUAAUAAAUAAAUUCAGAAAUAACCUUGAAAUUUGAUCUUUGAAAAUCAUCGUCACAUGAUCUCGCCCAAAAAUUGAGGAAUGUGGGUAACAUAUCAUGAAAAAAACCCGACAAAACACUUCCGUGAUUUAUGUUGUGGCCCAAAGAAAGCUGGCUUGCAAUUCAUCAAAGGAUAACACAGUCUUGGAUGCGGUCACAGAUUUAUGUCCACCUUAUAUACAAUUUGAACGGUGAAAUCCAAAUAAAUGCCAAGGUAUUCUUUGAGACUAUCUUAGAAAUUUGGCUGCAUGGGAAAGGUUUUCUUAGGUCUAAUGAUUCAGACUUUUCCGCAAAGGUUUUAGAUAUGUAUAGUUUUUAAAUCAGCUCCCGCCUCUUCAGACUUAUAUGCAAAUAUCAGCAAUGUUAUUUCCAUUCGUUUUGCAAGCAAUUCCUAUAUUUGCAUUCCAAAUUAGUCUGGAGACAGGUACAUUCUCCAAUUUUCUGUCGAUACAAGUCAGUUGCAAAGGCGCACAUGUUCAUGGACGCCGGAGCGAGGGUAGGGCACAGGGGUGGCAAUGUAGACGUAAGGGCAAUCAUUAAUUAUUAUUUCGCUUCCGAAAAUUUUUUCCGGAACCUUAAAUCACCAAAACAAGGGAAAAAAUUUUCCGGAAAUUUAAUUCACCAACAAUUCCUCUUUUACUGGACAAAGGAUUUGAAGAAACAUCAAUAGAGGAUACAUGCUCCAUCGUUUCAAAAUGUCAAUGUUUUCAAAAUGUCAAUGUCAAUGUAAACUAGUAAACUGCCUAGACUGGUUAGACGUGUAAUAUAUCGCUCCACAUUAUUCUUAAAUUUUUUUUAGUUAUUUGCUGGAAUACUCUGUGGCAAGUAUUGUAAUUGAAAUGCAAGAACUACGGCUUUGCUGGACGGGUGAUUUGGAGAAAUUGAAGCUUUUGUAAGCAAGAAUGUUGAUUUUGUCGGCGUAUGGACUUCACCAGGCAAUGAUAAAAAAAAAUACAGUGAUGGUUAUAGCUCAAUAUCCUGGCGCAAAUCCAAGAAAGUGUUGGAAAUAGAAGGCAGAGACAGGAACCUGAUAACAGCUAAGUUGUGUACAAUGUUAUGUAAUGAUUUCGAUCCUGUACAGUCAAGCAAAAGCGACAACUAUUGCGAAUUCCCUUCCACAAGCAAUGAAAUGCUUGUUGAAUUGGAGGGCGUUAAACUCGAUGUAACAAUUACUGAGAAAGAUAUUCGUGUAACAAACAUAGCAUUAAAAACGUUGAAGAUUGCCUUGAUAAAGUAGUUGGUAAAUUAAACAUUAUUAACCAACAGUUCGAUGUAUUUAGGGCAGAGUUUCAGUUGUUGAAAAACCAACAUACGAUUCAAUAUUCGCCUAAAGCUGUCGAAUAUUCAAAUUUGGACAACCAAAACGCCUCCGGAUUGCAAAAACGCCAUGAGGAAAACAAUAACAUAAUAGGAUCGAAUCUAAAUGAUGACAUUGUAAUGAGUCGUAAUGAUGCAUUACAAUCUCUGUCAAAUUUGCGGUCUGAGUGCCUUUCCAAUGUUUGUUAUGAUACUCAAUUAAAGCGUCUUGAAAGGGAACUGCAUGAUGAACAAGAUAAAACCAAGCAACUUGAAUCUGAGCUAACGGUUGCCGAAACAAAAAUCUUACAACUCGAACAGGCACUAAACCUACACGAGUUAGAAAAAAAGAGUAAAGAAACUGACAAUGGGCUUUGUCAUGAUCAUUCCUGCAUUAUUAUGGAUUAGAAAUCAACACGCGCCUUCGACUCAAGAGAAUACCUGUACUAAUAAAUAUAUCACAUCUAAAGAAUUACCACCUAACCCUCGAAUACCACCAAAACAAGUUGAUAAGCAGGAGCCUCAAAAACAUGCUGGUCAAGUAAGUCAAUUCCCAAAAUAUACGGAAAUUUCGGACAAGAACAGCAACGACAAUGAAAAACGACACAAACCAUCACAACAUGAAUUAACUAACUGUUAUGCCAUCCCGACUCGCGUUACCCAUAGAACACCAUCAAAGAAAUCGGCGUGGCGACAAAAUAAACAUGACGCUAGAAUCAACCAGACUGAGGAGGGUUUUCGCAAGGACAAAUGGAAAGCCAAUAUGAGGUUUUUCCAGUAUUAUUACUAG